CGCUGCCGCUGUGCACCUGCAGGGCUCGGGGAAGCCCAGGACCUGUCGCCGUCGCCUCCCGUGCCGGAGCGCAGUGACCGUGAGCAUCGCGCCUCCUCCCGCAGCCCCCCGGGCCUCUCCCUCGCCAGCCCCUCCAUCAUGUCCAGGAAGAAAACCCCCAGGAGCAAAGCGGGCAGCUCACCCUCUUCCCACCUGCCCCCGGCCAAGGACAGGGGCAAGGCGGGCGCCGGCGGCGGCAGGGGCAAGGCGGGCACCGGCGGCAGGAGGCUGGACUCCGACGCGCCCCUCAAUGGGGUGGCGCUGCCCAGCCACCCCACCCUCAGCAGCAGUGGCGAGUUCUACGAUGUCGCCUUCAAGGUGAUGUUGGUGGGAGACUCGGGCGUGGGGAAGACCUGCCUGCUGGUCCGGUUCAAAGAUGGUGCCUUCUUGGCCGGGAGCUUCAUCUCCACUGUGGGAAUCGACUUCAGGAAUAAAGUACUGAAUGUGGAUGGUGUGAAAGUUAAACUGCAGAUCUGGGACACAGCUGGUCAGGAGCGUUUUCGCAGCGUCACCCACGCCUAUUACCGCGAUGCCCACGCUCUGUUGCUGCUCUAUGAUGUCACCAACAAAGCGUCCUUUGACAACAUUCAGGCCUGGCUGGCGGAAAUCCAGGAAUACGCCCAGCAAGGGGCAGUGCUCAUGCUCCUGGGGAACAAGGUGGAUUCCACCCAGGACCGAGCAGUCAGGAGAGAGGACGGGGAGAAGCUGGCUAGGGGAUAUGAGGUGCCGUUCAUGGAAACCAGCGCCAAGACUGGACUGAACGUCGAUCUUGCCUUCAUGGCCAUCGCCAAGGAGCUCAGGUACCGGUCCGGGCAGUUGCCCCACGAGCCCCGGUUCAAGCUGCAUGAGUAUGUGAAGAAAGAAGUCCGAGGCCAGGGCUGCUGCAGGGCCUGAGGCCGCGCCGGCGACCGAGGCCCAAGCUGUCGGCCUCCCUCUCUCCGUCCGUCCCUCCCUCCUUCCCUUCCCCCCGAGGACCGCGUGUGCAUGUCUGUGCUGUGUUACUGUCACUGUCCAGGAGGGACGUGGAGGUGGUCGGCCGGGGACAGGAAGCUUGGGGCGCCCAGGACACGCAGGCACCGCCGGCCAUCCCCCAGACCAUCCGGCCCCAGAAAACGGUGGUCCCCUCUCCCUCCUUGGAAAAUGGUGUUCCCCUCUCUCCCUGGACAAUCUGGCCCUUGUGGCAGCAGGGGAAUGUUAAACCAAUGCAGAAAACGAGAACUGUGAGAGCUCCGGGGCUCUCCCGGAUUGCUGACGCCGGCCUGGACCUCAAAGCCAUCAGGCAGGCCACUUGCCAGCCCUGGGGUGGACGGGAGGGGUCAGCUGGCCCUGAGGGCCCACCCCCUCCACCUUCCUCCCUCUUUCAGCCACAUGGUUUUCUACUCCUGCAGCAGGUGUUUCUGGAGCCCGCUGCCCAGGCUGGUGCUUGGGGCCUCCCGCCAGCCGGGGAUUGGGGUGCUAUGAGCUCUCCAGCUCACAGCAAGCUCGUCCUCGUCAGGACCCCACAGUCCCGAGACCCUCCAUCCGGUCGGUUCCUGAGGACAGGCCCCGGUCCCCGGUUCGUGAGUUGGAUAAAGGCUUUGGCUUCGGUGGCUUCUGCUCCUUGGGUUCUUUCGAAGGAGAAAAUCAUUGGCAGCUUGAAGCAGAGGGAGAAGGGGCGGCCGUGCUUCUGGCCAGCGGGGGUCUGGGGGCCGCCCUCUGUGUUUACAAACCAGCUUUCGGGGCCCGGCCGAGUCAACAUGCAGGUGGGCUGACCGUCCCCGCUCCUGCCCCCUAAAUACACCCGCCUGCAGGCCAGGCAGCUACACCACCUCCCUCAGACCUGAUGUAAAUGGUGUCAGCUCUGCGCUGGUCCCCACAAUCCCCAGCAGGUGCCAUGAAUGGCCUCUGAGGGGUCUCAAACUCUGGGUGAUCUGUUAUAUUGCCUGGGUCCUUGGAAGAGGCCCCCCAAAAUAGUUACCCUCAGAAAAAUCCAACACGUCAUGUAAUCUGAA